AUGGCCAUUUUGCUUCACCUUGUCAAAAAUCAGCCUCAGGCUGCUGUGAAUGUGUCUACUCUGUUUGAACAGCACAUUAGUCUGGAUGCCCUCUCGGUGCUGGUGGACACAUGUAAUGGUGCAAGGAUUUGUGCCGGACUUACUUCGGAGUCCCAGGUAAGAACAUGGGUGGCACGGUUUUUCAGUCCCGUGGCUGGAAACGUCUACAUCCGGCAAGUGAUGGGAGAAGCAGGAGCAAGGGUUCUCUCAGAUCUAAGAAAUGUCGAUCAGACCAGGAUUUUUUCAAAUGUCACAAUUUUAGUGUCUGCCACCAGCUGCAAUGCACUUCUCGGUAAUCUGGAUCUCAAGAGUCUUACAAAGCUGGGCGUUUUGAAUGUGGGAUCACCUCUAGAACCUGUUCAAUCUCGAUUGGAAAUAUCUAAUCUCAAUUCUAAUGUCUGCUUCGCCGUUCUCGACUUGACCUCAAGCUACAUGUGUGCAGAGAUCCGAAGCGUCGCAAUGAAGGUAGUUAAUGCUGUUGUGAACAUGCAAGGGAUUAAAGGCUACUUCUCCUUUCAUCAACCAUCUCCGUUUGAUCUCACUACCAUCACUGUUAACCUGACAAACCUGGACAGAAGAGUUGGGCCGUACCACGUUCAUCAGUUUCCUCUUCCCCAAAUGAGAUCUCCGUCAGAUAGCAGCUGCAAUAACAAUAACCUUGGGGGUCACUGGAACCCGUUUAAUGUGAAUACUCAGGCACCAGCGUAUCCGCCACCGAGAGGCUCCACUCAUGAUCUCUUUGAGGUCGGAGAUCUGAGUGCCAGGCAUGGGUCUCUGGAGAAUACGAAUAACUUUCAAGCCACUUUCAUGGACUGGAACCUGCCCCUGUUUGGGCGGAAUAGCAUUGUGGGUCGCUCUGUUGUGAUACACAUGCCCAACUCAACCAGAUUUGCCUGUGCAAGCAUCAGCUACCCAGGCGAAGUGACUGUCGCCAAGGCUGCCUUUCGUGGUCUGGUUGUGGGGACGGUCCUGUUCACCCAACUCAGUAGUGACCCAUAUUCUGAUGUCUCCGUAUUCUUGGACCUAUCCUACGGACAACUUUCUGCACCUUCUACGGUGAAUCACAACUGGCAUGUCCACAACUAUCCCAUCAGCACAGAGACUGACAGUGACAAGGGAUGUUGUCUAUCAACUGGAGGACACUGGAACCCAUACAACAUAGACAUCACGGUGAACAUCACAGUGAGUUCAUACGCUGUAAACUGUGCUCCCGACAGCCCUUUUGCUUGUGAAGUUGGGGAUAUCUCUGGCAAGCACAAGACUGUGGACCUACAGCCUGAGAUGGGAACAGUGGCCACCAAGAACUUUUUUACUGACACCACUUCUUGGGUAUCUGGAAUGAUUGGACGUUUUGUGGUGAUACAUGGUCCAAACCAAACAGGUCCACGGAUCGCUUGUGCAAACCUCACCUUGUACCGUUUUCCAUCCGCUCGCUCGGAUUCUUGGCUUGGACCUGGAACCUCUGAAGGUCAAAUCCGAUUCUCCCAAGUCUCUCCUCAAGGAUCAACAAUCCUAAAUAUCUCUUUUACCGGGCUUAAUGCGAGAGCCGGUGGCUACCACAUCCAUAUUCUUCCAAUCAAAAGCACACAGGAACCUUGCUCGGACACUAACAUAAUGGGACACUUUAACACGUUUUCUGUCAAUGCAGCCUCAUCUCCAGCUCCAGGAAAUGGUACGGUUGACCAGUAUGAGAUUGGAGACAUCAGUGGGAAGUUUGGAGACCUGACCGGUCAGAACAACUUUCAGAAUCAGUACACGGAUGGAAAUAUGCCACUUUCAGGACCGAACAGCAUAAUUGGCCGGUCUCUGGUCAUACAUUACACCAACAGCUCAAGAAUGCGGUGUGCAGAUAUAUCAGCAGAAGACUCCCCAGAUGGAAACUGGGUGAUGGCCAAGGCCAUGUUCAGUAGUGCUGUAACUGAGACAGUGACGAUGUCCCAGCUAACCUUUCCAGAUGGCAGCUAUGGUGACGUUAUAUUGGAAGUGGAUGUGCGGGCAUCACAACUAUCAAAUCUUGCAGAGGCUUCCUGGUAA